CUGUCACGCACUGAAGAUGACUGGAGAAUUAUAGUCAGGGGAAUACAGGAGAAACACCCUUAAGUGCUUCAAAGGCUUGUAACCAUGGAAAUAAGAGAUCCCAGACCGAGUCCUCAAGGUGCGGUCUCCCAGGAUGAUGGUGGUCUGUGGAUGACGACAGACUCCAAUCCUGUGACAGACCACACAGACAGCCCAUCGGUAACCUGUGGCCAGGAGCCCCAAGAUGAAACCAAGGUCACCCCCGCUGCCCCCGCACUUAUCACUAGAUACUACAGUGUGAUGGAUGAUGAGGGUGUAGAUGAUGUCUUCGUCCCACCGCCUCCAGCCUACAUGGCUCCUUUGCUGCCAGCAGAGGGCAGCAGACACGCAAUGGUGAAUAAUCCCAGUGUGACCCUCACAAAUGGGGCAGCUGACGCCACAAAGGCUAAAGCUAAUCCUGGUGGCUUAGACUGGCAUCAUGGUGAGGAGCAGUUAAUGGCAGCACACAACGAGGAGGAUGAAGUGAAAGCAGGUACAGCACAGACAUCUAAGGAGUCUAUGGACACCGCGUCUCUGUCCAAAGACAAGGACUCCACUCUACUAAAAGACCAAAUAUCCAUGGAGGGCACAGGUAGUGUGGAACCUGAGGUCAUUCUGAGUGGAGGACAGGAAAACUGGAGGGAAACUGAGGCAGAGACAGACAAAUAUCAAAAGCAGGUACCUUCAAGCAUUGAAGAAAACUCUGAAAAUGACAAAACAGCAUCCGGAGACAUUUGUGGUCUUGCCGAGACAGAUUCAAAUCUAAAGGCAGAAAACGUCGACUUCGAUGGUGUGGAGACAAAUACCCCAACGCGGUCUAAUCUCAGUGUGAAUGAUGAUGACUUUGAGUCCUGUGGGCCACCAGAGCUCUGCAGAUGCAACCAAAACAAGAUGGAGGCAGCGACCAACCAGCCACAGGUACCAAAAAUCCCAACAGAGAUGUCCAAUAAUGAUGAAGCGCAUGUUGACACCAGAUCUUUGGACUACAACCUCACAAAGUAUGAUUGGGUGAGGAGAGAGAGUGGCACUGGCGAAACACUAGAGCCUCAACUCCCCAUCUCCAAAGACUCUGAAGAGACGGUGAGUAAGGGAGACCACGGAGAUGGAAGCAGGAGAAUAGCUACUGAUAUACAACAAGGAGAGCAACUGCUUCAACGUCUGCAACAGGUACAACUACGACAGGAUGUAUGCAUAUCAGAGAGCUCUCACACCUCCCAGCAGGUUGUCAAUGAGACAAGAGGCGAGACAAAGGGUAUGCUUGGGACUGGAGUAGAUGAUCUGGAAACAAGAGAAGGGGAUCUGACAGGUGGAGAUGACAAGGAAGAAAGUAGAUCUCACACUGUCGAGGACGAGGGAGGAGAGACGAAACUGAUGGAAAAGAAUGAGAGUGAAGACGCUGAUAGAAAAGCAAGGAUGUCGUCAACCGUACCUGUACAGGCAGAGUGUCACAUGAUUGCCAGAACAGAGGCAGGUGACUCUGACGAUGAGCAAAGGGACAACUGGAUGUCCCCAAUCCACCCGCAUGAAACAUCUUCCACACAAAUUCCUUUCCCAUCUACCCGUCACCGCUUAUCAGCCGCUGAGACCUCCAUUGAGAGGCAAAUUCAAGAGGUAGCCCAAGAGAAGCAGAACCUGCAGAGAGCCAGCGGUCUCUUCAACCUUGCAGAUAAUCCAGAUGUACUAGAGAUCCCUUUUAAGACCAGUAUCUCAUUUGAGCUACUUACCACCACAGCUGAACAGCCUAGCCAGCGCAGCGGCUGGCAGUUCUCCGAGGAGAAGAUGCAGAAGGAGAUAAGUCAGGAGAUCCAGAGAGAACUGGUGCUGGUCAACCAGGGGAAGAUCCCGGGGGGGUACAGCAAAGGGGAAAUCCGCCAAUUAAAGGAGACAAAACUGCUGUUUGAGGCCUUCCAGCAAGAUAACACCGAGGGUCCGACAAGGCACCGGAAAUCCCCUACCUCACUGAUGAAAAGUCACGUUUACCCAUCUGUGCUAGAGCGCACACGUAGCCUAGAGAUGUUUUCACUCAAGAGUCGCCCCGUUUCCAGAGCACAUUCCCUCAGGCUGUACAAAUCAUCCUCUGAGCGGGAGAAAAGUCCCGAAGACUUCCGAUCAAAGAGCCCAACUGGUGGUUCUCGAGACAAAACACGUCUAUUCCCUUACCCAAAACAGGACAAACACGUGCGCCUGUACAGAAGCAUGGACUCCAUAAACACUGACGCGCCGGUUGUGGAGACUGGGAACAAAACUAGGGAGGGAAACACGACACAACAAUCUCCUAUCCUCAAACAAAACCCCUUCUACAAGUUGCGACCGGCCCUGGCUCUGCAGCCAGACGUCGAGAAGGACAUCCGGGAGGCCAGAGAAAGAGAGGAGGAGCUGCGCAGACAGAGAUGCACACUGUACGGAGAGAACAGGCAGAAUAGUGAAGACGGGGAAAAGUCAGGAUUCAAACCGUCGCUCGUCCCAGACGACAGGCGACAGUCCAGGGGGAAACUGGAACGGGUUUGGCCGCCGCCGUCCAAGAAGGACCAGACGAAAUCUGAGCAGACACAGCAGGAGCCAAAAGUUCACAGAGCAGGAGGUCAGAAGCCUCCUCUCUGGCAGCGCUGGGAGUCCGGCCUGGUCAACGGACAGCCGUCAAAGGAAAAGAACUGAUACUUCAACACUAUAAAUAGAAUAUCUAUGAUCUGCCAUGCUAGAGCUGCACAAGGCCAAGAUUAAUCAAUAUGACUAAAGAUAGCUCCAUCUUAACUGCUUUCUGGCUCUUCUAACUCUGCUUUGUAUCUGUGUCAAAUAUUCCUUUUUGAUAAUACUAGUUUAAUUCAGCACAUCAAUAA